CAUCAAUGGCGUCCGCGUGAAUUAAACUCGCUUUUUUGUUGUUUUUGCUUUGGAAAUCUAUGCAAAACACAAUUCACACUCAAAAAAGUAUAAUAUAACUAUAUAUAUAUGUUACUAAACAUGGCGCUGCCCAGCAACUACAAACAAAUCGCUGUUGGGGCACCAUCAGGGCCGGCAACUCCGCUACCAAGCGGUGGUGCCGGUGGCGGCGGUGGUGGCGGUGGCGGCAGUGGCAGUAGCCGGUCUCGUUCUUCUGGCGGUGGCGCUGCUGGUGAUAGGAAUAAGGAUCAGACGCCCAUAUUUACGCAUAGCAAUUAUGGAAAUCCGGCAUUUACGCCACAAAAAGUGACUAAAUCAUCGAGCAGCAAAACGCAAACCGAAUCCCGUUUACCAAAGCCACCGAAGCCGCCAGAGAAACCAAUUUUGCCCUAUAUGCGGUACUCGAAGCGUGUGUGGGACAGCGUAAAGGCUCAGCAUCCGGAACUGAAGUUAUGGGAGCUGGGCAAGAAGAUUGGCGUCAUGUGGAAGCAGCUGAGCGAGGAAGAGCGCACCGAGUAUAUUGAUGAGUACGAGGCCGAGAAGCUGGAGUAUGAGAAGGCACUGAAGGCAUACCAUCAGACGCCCGCCUACCAGGCGUAUAUAUCGGCCAAGUCCAAGGUGAAACCUGAGAUAACCGAUGUCCAUGAGACGCCGUCGCGUGGCGGCGGCAGUAAAAGCCAACACGAGCGCCGGAUCGACAUACAGCCGGCAGAGGAUGAAGACGAUAUGGACGAAGGAUACACGGCCAAGCAUAUGGCCUAUGCACGAUAUUUGCGCAACCAUCGGCUAAUCAACGAGAUAUUCUCGGAGGCUGUGGUGCCGGACGUGCGCUCCGUGGUGACCACCCAACGGAUGCAGGUGCUCAAACGUCAGGUCAGUUCGCUGACCAUGCACCAGACCAAGCUAGAGGCUGAGCUGCAGCAGAUGGAGGAGAAGUUCGAGGCGAAAAAGCAGCGAAUGCUCGAGUCGAGCGAUGCCUUCCAGGAGGAGCUCAAGCGCCACUGCAAGCCCGCCGUGGACGAGGACACAUUUCAGAAAAUGGUGCAUCGCAUGUACGAAGACUUCAAGCGGGGCCAGCGCAUCGAGGAGGGGCCCAAUCGCAAAGAGGAUGCAGCGCAGCAGCAGCAGGCACCACAAUCGCAGCCGGCGGCACCCGAGGCGAGCGUUGCGCCGAAACCGGAGCCCGUGAAACCGCCUGUUGUGGUGGCGCCACCACCGCCGCCGCAGCCGCAGCCACAGCCACAACCGGCGCCCGUGCAUGAGCUGGCCAGCAAAACGGAUCCGGAACCCAUGGACAUUGAGCCGUCGCCAAAGCCGUCAGUGCCACCGCCGCCGCCGCCCUCGAAGCACGACAAACUGGAUUUGCCGCCGGUGCCACUGAACGAAUCCAUCAAAGAUCCAAUGAAACCGGCGCCACCCACGGUGCUGGCCAUGCCGGGCAAAGCGACCACGCCCACAGCAACACCUGCGGCAACACCACCGCCGCCCCCGCUAAACAAUGAGCCGCCAGCGACGACGCCAACGCCGCCACCGCCGCAGCCGCAGCAACAGCAGCAGCAGCAACAACAACAACCACCACCAACAGCUGCAGCAGCUCCACAAAUGCAUCCACACGCGCAUGUAGGUGGCCCACCGCCUCCACACAUGCCGCCACACAUGGCGCCCCAGCAGCAACAGCAGCAGCCGCCUCAGCAGCCACCACCUGGCGGCAUGCCUGGUCUGCCACCGCCGUUGCCCCACAUGGGCUAUGCCAACUAUGGUGGUCCCGGCCCCGGCCAGCACUCGCACACGCACUACUACCAGCCGCAGUAUGGACCGCACUCGAGACCGCAGCCCUACUACACGCACCUGCCGCCCUAUCAGCCCUAUUCGCCGCUGCACUUCACCAGCGCUCGGGAGCAUGGCGGCGUCAGUGCACCACCUGGUGCAGCACAACAACAACAGCAGCAGCAGCAGCCUCCACCGCCGCCACAGCAGCAACAGCAGCAGCCGCAGCCACAGCAGCAACCACCACCACAGCAACCGCCACCGGGGCACAUGCACGAAUCGGCACCAGGUCCGGGCGCGGUUUAUGCAGCGCAACAACAACAGCCGCCGCCACCACAACAACCGCAUGCGCUACCCCAGCCUCCACAGCCACAGGCGACCCAACCUCCGCCAGCUACAGCAGCAGCAGCGCCUCCACCAACAGCAGGCGCUCCAGUGCCAGCCGGAGCAGCAGCAGCUGCACCACCACCGCUGAGUGGAACGCCCGCCUCACAGCCGCCACCGCCAUCGGCUCCGACGUCAGCGGCAAAUGAUGCGGCAUCGAAGCCUGACUCGGACAAGCACGAGACGGACUAGGGACAAGCAACAGCCAAAUCCCUAGAGACACAUUUCAACCAUCUACGCAUACUCGCUCCAAUCCAAUCACUCGCAUGUGUGCGUUGUAAAUUAGACUCCCCAUCAAUGUACAGCGCACCAUAAUAGUGAAGCAAAAAAAAAAAACAAAAACAUUUAGUCUUAAGC